GAGAGAACACGGAUUAUUUAGGGAGGAGGGAGGGGCCAGAGGUGUUCAUGAGGUGAGCCUCAUGAGCAGUUAGGCCAUGAGGUAAGCACUUCAGUGCUUUGCUACUCACGGGAUGGUUCAGACUAGAAAAAUCUGUAUCACCUGGGAGCUAGUUAGAAAUGUAGGCUCUCAGGCUCCACCUCUGCCCUACCAAAUCAAAGUCGCAUUUUCAACAAAACCCCAGGUGGUUCCUAUGGACACUAGUUUGAGAAGCACUGCUUCACUAGUGACACUACAUGGUCACUUGAACAGUAUACGUUAGACCACUUAUAUUCAUCAUUGUUGACGUGUUAAGUUUUUAUUAGGUAAAACUUUCUGCAACAGUUUUCAAAUUAAGUGUAUUUUUAAAACAAGUUUAUUUUUCCAUGUAAUUGAAGAUCUCCACUUCAGUAACUAGGGUCAUUAAGGAAUGUUAGAAAACCUUAAGCUGGUCAGUGCUUACGCACCUUUAAAUUCCUCAUAAAAAUUAAGGUCUUUCUUUUGCCUGAAGGACACACUAGAGAGCAUAACUGCUCUUCAUACUUUAAACCCUUGACUAAAACAGGCCAAUCCUAUUCAUGUAAAUCCCACCUCCCAACUUGGAUAUUUCAGGAAGUAUUGUAUUGUUUUUCUGACUCUAAACUCUACCUAAUUUCUUAAUUAGUCUCAACACUUUCUGGCUCAAGAACUGAAACACAGCAACAGAAGCUAAAGGUUGAGAAUUUAAGCUUGUUCCCACAUCUACACCCUUGGCGGACGGCAGCGACUGAUUGCGGAGACCAUUGAAAACCCUGCCCCAACCCUCUCUGUCUUAGCCCCAUACACUCAAUUGAGCUUGACUCAGCCUGCUCCCUGCUCUUCUCAGUAUUGCUCCCUUAGGGUCAGACAUGCACUAGACUUCAGCACGUGGGAGCGCUGAUGAGCGGCCAACCUGGGUCUAUUUAAAACUACUAUUCCCAUCUCGAGGGGCGCCUCCUCCCACAGCAUAACCAGCCCAGGAGGGCAGGCGAGUAAAUACUGCUCACCUGCUCCACCGGAAACCUCAAAAUCCCGGCCCGAGCUAGACUAAAGGUAUCUGGUAAUUAAUCCUUGGCACCUCCCACCACACGCUCCUGAUUGGGCGCGUGAGAGAAGGCUGUGUCUGCGCGCGCUCUUACCAGUCCGGGGAAUUCCAUUUCCUCUUCCAACCACCCGCAUAAGUAUUCAGGGGCGUUGCUUUCCUGGCAGUGGCCCGCCCCAGUUCGAGCCGGUGCCUUACUGCGUCUCGCGAGAACUUGUGCAUUUUGGGGGCGGAACCCCGUCAAGAAGAGCGCACAAAACUGCUCUUAAGUCAUUGCAGAGCUACCGCUUCGGUUAGCCAGCCACGAAGUUCUCGCGAGAGUCGUCUCCUCAAUACCAAGUGAGGAAACUGGGGGACGCUGUGGGGAGGGGCGUGGGGCUAGAUCGCGCAGCUGCCGCUUCCUUUACCUUCCUCCCAUGGUCUCCUUCCGGUUCUCGAUGCUUCUCUGAGCCCAAGGGUUUCCGCCACUCGUUUACCCUUCCCCCAGCUCAUGAUCCUCCUCCCUCCCCCGCCCUCCUGGUCCAAUCUCCGAUCUGUUUAGUAAGAAGGUGCUGUUCCGAGGAGAAGGAAAAGGGCUUGGCACGUAUUCACUCGGCCCCGGACGUGGGAAGCAAGCCGUCUGGCUUCGGCCUCACAUCGGUCCUGUGCUCGCGACGGCGGCGUUGGCGGACUGAUCCGCGGCGGUGAAGAGGCGCCUGUGUCUGGCAGAGCUGGUGUGAGACGAGACAAUCCUGCCCCGCCGCCGGGAUAAUCAAGAGUUUUGGCCGGACCUUUGAGCAUACACCGAGAGAGUGAGGAGCCAGACGAAAAGCACACACUAUGGCGCUGAAACGGAUUAAUAAGGAACUUAGUGAUUUGGCCCGUGACCCUCCAGCACAGUGUUCUGCAGGUCCAGUUGGGGAUGAUAUGUUUCAUUGGCAAGCCACAAUUAUGGGACCUAAUGACAGCCCAUAUCAAGGCGGUGUAUUCUUUUUGACAAUUCAUUUUCCUACAGACUACCCCUUCAAACCACCUAAGGUUGCAUUUACAACAAGAAUUUAUCAUCCAAAUAUUAACAGUAAUGGCAGCAUUUGUCUCGAUAUUCUAAGAUCACAGUGGUCGCCUGCUUUAACAAUUUCUAAAGUUCUUUUAUCCAUUUGUUCACUGCUAUGUGAUCCAAACCCAGAUGACCCCCUAGUGCCAGAGAUUGCACGGAUCUAUAAAACAGACAGAGAUAAGUACAACAGAAUAUCUCGGGAAUGGACUCAGAAGUAUGCCAUGUGAUGCUACCUUAAAGUCAGAAUAACCUGCAUUAUAGCUGGAAUAAACUUUAAAUUACUGUUCCUUUUUUGAUUUUCUUAUCCGGCUGCUCCCCUAUCAGACCUCAUCUUUUUUAAUUUUAUUUUUUGUUUACCUCCCUCCAUUCAUUCACAUGCUCAUCUGAGAAGACUUAAGUUCUUCCAGCUUUGGACAAUAACUGCUUUUAGAAACUGUAAAGUAGUUACAAGAGAACAGUUGCCCAAGACUCAGAAUUUUUUUAAAAAAAAUGGAGCAUGUGUAUUAUGUGGCCAAUGUCUUCACUCUAACUUGGUUAUGAGACUAAAACCAUUCCUCACUGCUCUAACAUGCUGAAGAAAUCAUCUGAGGGGGAGGGAGAUGGAUGCUCAGUUGUCACAUCAAAGGAUACAGCAUUAUUCUAGCAGCAUCCAUUCUUGUUUAAGCCUUCCACUGUUAGAGAUUUGAGGUUACAUGAUAUACUUUAUGCUCAUAACUGAUGUGGCUGGAGAAUUGGUAUUGAAUUUAUAGCAUCAGCAGAACAGAAAAUGUGAUGUAUUUUAUGCAUGUCAAUAAAGGAAUGACCUGUUCUUGUUCUACAGAGAAUGGAAAUUGGAAGCCAAACACCCUUUGUAUUCCAAAAUAGGGUCUCAAACAUUUUGUAAUUUUCAUUUAAAUUGUUAGGAGGCUUGGAGCUAUUAGUUAAUCUAUCUUCCAAUACACUGUUUAAUAUAGCACUGAAUAAAUGAUGCAAGUUGUCAAUGGAUGAGUGAUCAACUAAUAGCUCUGCUAGUAAUUGAUUUAUUUUUCUUCAAUAAAGUUGCAUAAACCAAUGAGUUAGCUGCCUGGAUUAAUCAGUAUGGGAAACAAUCUUUUGUAAAUGCAAAGCUGUUUUUUGUAUAUACUGUUGGGAUUUGCUUCAUUGUUUGACAUCAAAUGAUGAUGUAAAGUUCGAAAGAGUGAAUAUUUUGCCAUGUUCAGUUAAAGUGCACAGUCUGUUACAGGUUGACACAUUGCUUGACCUGAUUUAUGCAGAAUUAAUAAGCUAUUUGGAUAGUGUAGCUUUAAUGUGCUGCACAUGAUACUGGCAGCCCUAGAGUUCAUAGAUGGACUUUUGGGACCCAGCAGUUUUGAAAUGUGUUUAUGGAGUUUAAGAAAUUUAUUUUCCAGGUGCAGCCCCUGUCUAACUGAAAUUUCUCUUCACCGUGUACACUUACUUGACAGCUGAAAAAAAAAAAACAUAACAUGGGAGUAAUAAUGGGUCAAAAUUUGCAAAAUAAAGUACUGUUUUGGUGUGGGAGUUGUCAUGAGGCUGUGUUGAAGUGACUUAUCUAUGUGGGAUAAUUGAGUAUCCAUUGAAAUGGAUUUGUUCAGCCAUUUACAUUAACGAGCAUUUAAAUGCAACAGAUAUCAUUUCAGGUGACUUAACAUGAAUGAAUAAAAGUCAAUGCUAUUGGAUUGUU